UGCAUUUCCCCGGCUUCAGAUCCACCAUGUUCUCUGAUGCACUAGAAGCUGCGGGGCGGGUGGAGGGCCUGCCGCUGUCCCCCCCGCAACCACUACCAGAGCUAGUGGACGAGGAAGCAGAGGCAUCAGUGGUGAGGGGGCCAAAGAGUCGAGGCCGCUACCGGAAAAGCCUGCAGCUUUUAAAGCCCUUCAGGAUGACACAUAAGCACCAGCACCCAGUCGAUAACGCCGGCUUCUUCUCAUUUAUGACUCUGCACUGGCUCUCCCCAUUGGCACUGAAGGCCUUCAAGGCAUCCAGCUUGUCUCUAGAUGAUGUGUGGGGACUGUCUUGCCAUGAAGCUUCUGAGAUCAACUGCCAAAGACUUGAAGCUCUGUGGCACGAUGAGCUGAAAAGAAGAGGGCGAGAGGGGGCAUCCCUUACAAGAGUCUUCUGGAGGUUCUGCCAAACCCGCAUGCUGGUGGCUAUCUUUUCCCUCCUCCUCACAAUGGUGGCAGGCUUUGUUGGGCCUGCUCUUCUGGUCCGAGCUCUGCUGGAGUAUUCCCAGAGCCCAGUGAUCUGUGUGCCGUACGGCCUCUCUCUGGUAGCUGGGAUAUUCCUCAUGGAAUUAAUACGCUCCUGGUCUUUGUCGCUCAUGUGGGCCGUCAACUACCGCACUGCAGCACGCCUUCGUGGGGCAGCUCUUACUUUUGCAUUCAACAAGAUCCUCCGCCUACGCAGCACUAAAGACAUCAGUCCAGGCGAGCUGGUCAACAUCUGCUCCAGUGAUGGCCAGCGGCUGUAUGAAGCAGUGUCAGUGGGCUGUCUGCUGGCCGGGGGGCCCCUGGUGGGAAUACUGGGUCUGUCCUACACUGCAUACUUCCUGGGCCCCACAGCUCUGCUGGGGUCAGCAAUUUUUAUCCUCUUCUACCCUACUAUGAUGCUUGCAUCGAGACUGACGGCGUAUUUCCGCAAAAAGUGUGUGGCGGUGACUGACCGGCGCGUGAGGCUGAUGAACGAGAUCUUGGGCUACAUAAAGUUCAUAAAGAUGUAUUGCUGGGAAGAAGCCUUUGCACAGAAUAUUCACAAGGUGCGAUCAGAAGAGAGGGGGAUACUGGAGAGAGCUGGGGUCAUCCAGAGCCUCACAGUGGGUGUGGCUCCCGUCGUCAUGGUGAUAGCAUGCGUGUGCACUUUCACCCUACAUAUGGCUUUGGGCAAUGACCUUACUGCAGCUCAGGCUUUCACUGUGGUUGCAGUUUUCAACUCCAUGACCUUUUCCCUGAAAGUCACACCACUAGCUGUGAGGUCACUGUCAGAGGGUGCUGUUGCAGUCAAAAGAUUUCAGAGGCUCUUUAUGAUUGAUGACAGAGAGAUUGUCUUGAUCAAAAUGGAGGAUCCUAACAAUGCAGUGGAAUUUCAGGAUGCAACACUGGCUUGGGAAAAGGCACGCUCUCCACCUGCAAAACCUAAUCCACGUCCCAAGAAGCUAGGAGGAAUGAUGCGCGUGCUGCGCAGAGAGAAGCUCAGCCUGGACUUUUCCACAGAGGACAGCAAAGUAAACAAGGAAGGUCCAAAUGCACAAAGUCUCCUCACAAAUAUGGAGCAGGAGAGUCAACAAAGUACCAUCUCCUCCACUCAAAGCAUGCGACCUCCACUGCACAAGACCCUGCACCGCAUUGACCAACGCAUUAAGACGGGUUCACUGGUUGGAAUCUGUGGAGGUGUCGGUAGUGGAAAAAGCUCCCUUCUGUCUGCUCUACUGGGACAGAUGACCCUGUUAGAGGGUAAUGUAGCUGUCAAUGGUGGCUUUGCUUACGUUCCACAACAAGCCUGGAUCCUCAAUGAGUCACUGAAGGAGAAUAUCUUGUUUGGAAACGAGUAUGACUUAGAAAAAUAUAAAGCUGUCCUGGAAGCCUGCUGCCUUCUCCCAGACCUUGCAGAGCUUCCAUAUGGAGAUAUGACUGAGAUUGGAGAGAGAGGUACCAACCUGAGUGGAGGACAGCGUCAGAGAGUGAGCCUGGCACGUGCCCUCUACAGUGAGCGGCCCAUACUUCUCCUGGAUGACCCGCUCAGCGCUGUUGAUGCUCGUGUGGGUAACCAUGUCUUCCAUAAAGCUAUCAGGGGUGCCGCAAAAGGCAAGACGGUGCUCUUUGUAACCCACCAGCUGCAGUAUCUGUCUGAGUGUGACAACAUUAUUCUGAUGAAGGAUGGGCAGAUUUCCGAGCAUGGCACCCAUGCUCAGCUAAUGGGUAAAGAGCGUGACUAUGCCAGCCUAUUCAACAGCACGCUACAGGAGAAUCUGGUAAAAGAGAAUUUAAAAAACAAACAGUGGAGGGCAGGUGCAGAAAAGGCUGACAGUGCUGUUGAUGAUGCCAAGGUCCGACCAAGGGUAGAAAGCGAGAAAGGAGAACGACUGAUGAAAGCUGAGGAGAAGGGCUCUGGUGCAGUCGCCUGGUCUGUGUAUGGUGCUUACAUCAAAGCAGCAGGAGGUCCAAUCAUCUUCAUCAUCAACAUCUUUCUCUUCCUCUCCACCACAGGCAGCAUAGCUUUCAGUAACUGGUGGCUCAGCUACUGGAUAAAGCAGGGCAAAGGGAACACAUCAUUGAUCUUGGUAAAUGAAACGAUGGCAAGCAACAGCAUGAGACUCAACCCUCACAUUCAGUACUAUUCAACUGUUUACGUUGUUUCCAUGGGAGCUGCAUUGCUGCUGAAGACAAUGAGAGGGCUGGUGUUUGUGAAGUGUACGAUAAAGGCUGCCUCUGUGCUCCACGACAAGCUGUUCUACCGGCUCCUCCUCAGCCCCAUGCACUUCUUUGAUACAACACCUCUGGGUCGUAUCCUGACCCGCUUCUCCAGAGACAUGGAUGAGGUUGAUGUACGUCUCACCAUGCAAGCUGAGAUGCUGCUGCAGAACAUGACCCUGGUGCUGUUUUGUUUCGGAAUGAUGGGAAUCGUCUUCCCCUGGUUCCUGAUCUGCAUCUUGCCACUGGGAGCCUUUCUCUACAUUGUCAACCGUAUCUGCAGGGUUUUGAUUCGCGAGCUGAAGCACCUAGAGAACAUCAGCCAAUCACCACUCACCUCUCACAUCACCAGCAGUAUUCAGGGACUCUCCACAAUACAUGCCUAUGGAAGAGGGCAUGACUUCCUCCAACGAUAUCAGGAAUUAGUCGACAACAGCCAGGCCUCCAACUACCUCUUCAGUUGCGCUAUGCGUUGGCUCGCUGUCCGCCUGGACCUUGUCAGCAUCUUUCUUAUCACUGGUGUAGCCCUUUGCAUUGUCUUCAUGCACAAUCAGAUACCUCCAGCCUAUGCAGGCCUCGCCAUAUCGUACGCAGUGCAGCUGACCGGGUUGUUGCAGUUUACCAUGCGGCUGCUCACAGAGACUGAAGCUCGGUUUACAUCAGUUGAGAGGAUCAAUCAUUAUAUAAAGUCUCUAGAGAGUGAAGCACCCCGUCAAAGUCCUGAGGCAGAUGCUCCUGCCCCCUCUUGGCCUCAGCGAGGAAACAUCACCUUCCAGGAUGUCGAGAUGCGUUAUCGGGAUGAUCUGCCACUUGUGCUUAAAAAUCUGUCCUUCACCAUCCUGCCUGAAGAGUCCAUCGGCAUUGUGGGCCGCACAGGUUCAGGAAAGUCCUCUCUGGGUGUAGCUAUGUUCAGACUUGUGGAGCUGACUGGAGGCUCGAUUAUCAUUGACGGAACCAAUAUUGCACAGAUUGGUCUGGAUGACCUGCGGAGCAAGCUAGCCAUCAUUCCUCAAGAGCCGGUGCUCUUCAUCGGGACAGUCAGGAGCAAUUUAGACCCGUGGGAUCAACACUCUGACUCCCAGAUAUGGGAAGCUCUUGAGAAGACACAUAUAAAAGAGAUGAUCAGCCAGCUGCCUCAUUCGCUUCACUCAGAGGUGACAGAAAACGGAGAGAACUUCUCGGUGGGAGAACGACAGCUACUCUGUGUGGCCAGAGCUCUGCUGCGCAACAGCAAGAUUCUUAUAUUGGAUGAGGCAACAGCAGCCAUCGACAAUGAGACAGAUCGUCUCAUCCAGAAGACCAUUCGUUGUGCCUUUGGCAACUGCACCACCCUCAUCAUUGCCCAUCGUCUCAACACAGUGAUGAGCUGCAGCAGGGUCAUGGUUCUGGACAACGGCCAGAUUUUGGAGUUUGACAGUCCCGCUGCCUUGCUGGCAGAUGAAAACUCAAGAUUUAGAGCGCUGAUAGAAGCAUCAGAAAACCAAAGCAGAUAAAACACUGUGGAGCUGAACUUUGGAUGUGAGCGGUGACGCCUCAAAAUAUUCAGUGAAAUAACUGAAAAGCACUCAAAAAAACACAAUAGAUUCAAUCCUGCCUUGGUGUGAAAGUGAUGUGUUAAAAAAUACAGGCUGAUCCUUGUAGCAAUGUCUGUUUAUUUCCAAACCAAAGACCCAGGGACCACACUUCUGAAGGACAGAUCAAAUCUCACUAUGCAAAGGGAGAAGUAACAGACUCCUGCUCUUUGCUGAGUUAUUUGGUACUGAAACAGAGCAUUGCCUCUGACAAAAGCACUUUAUAAUUAAUGUGGACAUGUGGUGCUUCCUUUUUUUUCUUGAGGCCAGCUGAUCAGUGUGACUACAAAUUAGUUUUAGUAAUUUUAUUUCCAUAACUAAGACCUCAAAGUGCAGGAAUUUACUGUUAAGAAUGUAUUACUUUUAUGUAUGAUUAUUCAAUACAGUAUACCUUACAGUAUACCUUAAAAAAUCACCUAUUAAUCUAUUUUCAUUAGGCACUUUCCAGAACAUGCUAAAAUAUUUAAAUCGUUUUCUUUUUAUGUUAUAUGCAUCUAGUUUGAUGUUAUAAUGCAGUCUUUUCAGUGAAUCAUUGCAGAUGCAAUAUGUGCCUAGAGCUGUAAACAUUUUCAGGUCAUACCGUAUAAUGGAAUUAGCCAUGUAAGUAUGCUUUUUUGCAGACUGCAUGCAAGUACCGUGUUAUUGAAUGAGCCGAAAUUUCCUCUAAAUCCAGAUGCUGGAGUUUAAAAUCUGCACAUUUUAUACAAAUGGUAAUGUUUUUCUUUCUUUUUACCAGCAAGGUAAUUCUGUGUUGCAAUUAGGUUUUAAACCAUGAUACAGUAUGUAAUGUGCAACAAAGUUGAAACUGAUAAGCAUAAGAUGUGUCUUCAAAUGUGUUUUUACAAAAGUUGGGGAUUGUAAACUUCUGCCUUAUAAUCAAGUUUGUGCUGAACAAUCAUGAAGAGUGCAAUAUAUUUCUAUUGCAAUUGAUACUUUUUCAGGAUUGCCUUUGUACACUUGAGUUUGUAAUCUUUUUUUAAAUGUUUGAUUUUUGUUCUAAAGGUAUUUUCUUUCAAUAAA